AUGGCCACCUUCCACCAUCCGCAUUUCUUCAGCUCAAACGACUUACUCAAACCCCCAAACACCGCUAAACCUAACAACACUCCCAGCAGAAGAACACUCCCAGUAAAAUCGAAGAACGCGAAAAAGAAGGAAGAGGGGGCAUGGAAGGAGAAGAAGAAGGUAUUCGUAGACUACGACGAAGGUAGCCACAACGUCAGCGUUCAAUUGAGUGGCAUACGGAAAGCAGAUUUGCCGCAGCACAAACGAGUGCGAGUCGCGGGGGAAAGAUUCCAGAAGGACUGGUCUAUCAGUGAAGUGGUUCAGAGGGUUUUGGGGACCAAGCAUUGGGAGGAUAUUGAGGGGCUGCUCAAUCGGUGGGUCGGACGGUUCGCUAGGAAGAAUUUUCCUGUUCUUAUUAGGGAAAUAACUCAAACAGGUUCUAUUGAACAUAGCAUUCAUGUUUUUCGGUGGAUGAAGAAUCAGAAGAACUAUUGUGCUCGAAAUGAUAUUUACAACAUGAUGAUCAGGUUACAUGCUAGGCAUAAUCAAACAGACCAAGCACGUGGUUUGUUUUUUGAGAUGCAAGAGUGGAGGUGUAAGCCCGAUGCAGAAACUUUCAAUGCCCUCAUCAAUGUGCAUGGUCGGGCUGGACAAUGGCGUUGGGCAAUGAAUAUCAAGGAUGACAUGCUUCGUGCAGCUAUUCCUCCUAGUCGGUCCACAUAUAACAACUUGAUAAAUGCGUGUGGAUCAAGUGGAAAUUGGAGACAAGCUCUACAAGUUUGUCAAAUGAUGACCGAGAAUGGAGUUGGGCCUGAUCUGGUAACUCACAAUAUUGUUCUAUCGGCUUUCAAAAGUGGAGCCCAGUAUUUGAAAGCUGUCUCCUAUUUCCAACUUAUGAUAGGGACUGAAAUCCGUCCUGACACGACUACCCAUAAUAUCGUGAUACAUUGCCUUAUAAAGCUUCAACAAUAUGCGCAAGCUAUUGAAAUGUUCAAUUCAAUGAGGGAAAAAAGAUCAGAGUGUAAACCUGAUAUUGUAUCAUUCACUAGCCUCAUUCAUUUGUACUCUGUUAGUGGGCAGAUAGAUCAUUGCAAGGCUGUUUUCAACACCAUGCUUGGAGAAGGCCUAAAACCCAAUAUUGUUACGUAUAAUUCUUUAAUAGGUGCCUACGCUUCACACGGUAUGAGUGAAGAGGCCCAAUCAAUUUUUAGUGAGAUGAAGAAAAAUGGUUUUCGCCCAGAUGUUGUCUCUUACACGUCUUUGCUCAAUGCUUACGGAAGAUCCGAGCAACCUAAAAAGGCAAGGGAAGUAUUUCACUUGAUGAAACGAAAUAAUUGCAAGCCAAACGUGGUUAGUUACAAUGCACUAAUUGAUGCGUAUGGAUCCAAUGGUUUUCCAGCCAAAGCUAUUGAUGUACUCCGUGAGAUGGAGCAAAAUGGGGUCCACCCAAACAUUGUCUCUAUUUGUACCCUCUUGGCUGCCUGUGGGCGUGUUGGUCAAAAGGUCAAGAUUGAUUCUAUACUUUCAGCGGCUGAGUUGCGAGGCAUUGCGUUGAACACAAUUGCUUAUAACUCUGCUAUUGGAAGUUAUAUGAAUGUCGGGGACUAUGAGAAAGCUAUAGAAUUAUAUAGAUCUAUGAGGAAAAAGAAAGUUAAACCUGAUUCCGUUACUUACACUGUGCUAAUAAGUGGUGGUUGUAAGAUGUCCAAAUAUAUUGAAGCUCUUGGAUUUCUUGACGAGAUGAUGGGUUUGAAAAUCCCUUGGUCCAAGGAGGUGUACUCAUCUGUGAUAUAUGCCUAUGGUAAACUGGGUCGAUUCACAGAAGCAGAAUCUAUCUUCACGACAAUGAAGGUGGCAGGUUGUUCUCCUGAUGUCGUGACGUAUACCACAAUGAUACAUACAUACACUGCUGUAGGGGAUUGGGAAAAAGCGGCUGCACUACUCGAAGAAAUGGGAAUGAAUAAUGUCCAACCAGAUACCAUUGCUUUUUCGGCUAUGCUGCGAGCUUUCAAUACUGGGUGCCAACCAGCCAAAGUAAUGUCUCUUGCGGGGGUUAUGAGAGAGAAAAACAUCCCCUUCAGUGAUGCUAUCUUCUUGGAAAUGUUAUCAGCGUGUAGCAUACUGCGAGAUUGGAGCACGACAACUAAACUGGUCAAAAUGAUGGAACCUUCAUUCCCUGUUAUUUCAGUAGGAGUUCUUAAUCAGCUUCUGCUUUUUAUUGGGAAAUCUGGGAAGAUUGAGACCAUGAUGAUGAUUUUCUUAAAAAUAGUGGCAACCGGUGGAGAAAUCAGUGUCUCCACUUAUUCGAUUGUUUUGAAGAAUCUUUUGGCUGCUGGAAAUUGGAGGAAAUAUAUCGAGGUAUUGGGAUGGAUGGAGGAUGCGGGAAUUCAACCGUCAUUUGAAAUGUAUCGCAGGAUAUUGCACUUUGCACAAAAUAGUGGUGGGGCUGAAUAUGCUGCUGUCAUACAAGAAAGAGUCCGUAAACUAUCCUUUUGUAAAUUUUGAACUGUGUGGUGUAUGUGAAUUUUGUGUACAUAUGAUUCAUUUGAAGUAGCCACCGCAAAACAAAGUUGGUAGUAUCAUUUUUUGUUAUGCAGGAUCUUAGCUACUUAAGUAUGUAUUUUGUUAUGCGGGAUCUUAGUUUCAUUUUUUUCUUUUUUUACAAUCAAAUGCGGGAAGUUGUUCAAAAAGAAAAAGUCUUUAGUGCUAGUGCUUUGGCGUGGUAUGUACGCAGAAAUUUGGUAUAUUAUACUCCUAUUUGGCAA